GAUUUCAGUCUUCCUGUAGCACUCUAAAAAUCCAGGCUGGGAUUUUUCCUCUUGGACCUUUUAACUUUGAGAUUUUGACUGUUUUUUUUUUACUUUUUUCAAAAUUUUGGACUUUUAAACUUGCACGAUUUUCCAAAUUUUUUCCCAAUUUUGAAUUUUAACCAAUAAAAUCCAGAUAACCAGUAGCUUGUAACUUUUAAAUUUUAGACUUCUUUUCAAAUUUUUCCAAAAUUUUUACAUUUUUCCUAAGCCAACACCUGCAUAAAAUCCUGCAUAAGGAUGACCACCAGUGUCAAACAGCAACAUUUAUCUGCACCAGAACGUACCUGGCUGGAGGAGGGGCGACACUUAUCAGGGAUUCAGAUAACCCAACCUUCGUCCUCCUCCCCCCACCAACUGCCCGACUGGGUUGACCCCGUGCUCCUGAAGGAAGGCCAAGCUUUCGUGCAGCGUCACUUGUUCUCCGUUCUUUUCGCGCAUCUCGUCUCGCUCCUCUUCCUCCUCGCCUACGCCCCCGUGAGGUCCGUCCUCCUCGUCACGAGAAGGUCAUCGACCCCACAAAAGUCAAAGUUGAGGUACGCUUCGACCCUGCUCCACGUCAAGAAAUGGUACGAAGGUGACCUCCUCCCCGCAGAUGGGAAGGCCCCCACCGUGGCCGACAUUGGAAAAGUGUGCCGCAUCCAUGCCGGCGUUGUUUCCCGGGUACGACAGCACUUUGACGAUAGUCAAGUCAAAGUGGGGACGGAAGUGGACCUUGACGUCGUCCAGAUUGACGAGGAAGCCGGAGUGGGGCAAGGAAUUCGGGAUGAUUUCGCCAGAUAUUUUAAAAAUGUGGGAGAAACUGAGCAGGACAGCAAUAACAACAACGAUACCACGACCCAGGACGGCACACCUGAAUUCUUCUUCGAGGGGGCCGAUCCUAUUCCCCCCAUAAUUUCCCAACUGGACAUGGCCAUCACGCAAUUCUGUUUCAUGGGGUUCGUUCCCCUCUUCCCGAGAACCUUUGGCCUUCCCCCAGACGAAGAUGCCGUCGGGGUGAAGGGUUUCCUCCACAUGUGGGCCCUGCUCGGACACCUGCUCGGAAUCCGGCCCCAGUUCAACCUCGCCCUCCCGGAAAACGAGUCGCGUCGCGCCUUGGUCUGGACGUCCGUCCUGAUCCCCAGCUUGGCGGAAUGCGCCCCGCAAACGUGGCGCCUUUGGUCCGCCCUAGUUCAAGGGCUCAACUCGGUCAUUCCAUUCCUCAAGUUGGAAGCGUUGCUGGUUUUCGUGGGGAAGAGGCUUAUCAACGUGGAUAAGGAGGAUUGCAACGUGUGGAGUGAACUCACCCUAACCCAGCGAGUAUCUUUCUACAUGCUGAAUGCAUGUUUCACCUCGUGGGUCAAGUUUUCAUUAGGCAGACGUUUCUUCAACGCCAUGGUUCGUCUCGCCAUCAAGAAAUUGGCAAAAGUCUAGAAGUUUGAGAACAAUUCGUUCCCAUUUAAAAAAUAAAUUGUUCGCGUAAAUAUUAAACGUUCGAAACUUGUAGUCUUAGAACAUAGAAUAAUUUAGUACUGAUCUCUUAAUUACUUAGAUUACCACAAUUUUAACCGUUUUAUUAAAAGUAAUAACAGUGCAAGUUUUUUAACAUGAUAACAAUUUGUGAAAUAUUCAUAAUAAUAAAUAAUAAAAAGGGAAUAGAUUUUCAUGAAAA